CCUUGAACUCAGCACCACAGCUCCUCUGGUUUGAGACCGGGAGGGUGUCUGUCUCUUUCUGUCUCAACCAUUUCCUCCCUUCACUCAGGACCUCUCUCUCUGCACAUCUCUUAUUAGUGACCUUAUCACAGCUUUGCCCAGGCGCCUUCCUCUGGGAGGUGCUGGAAAAGCCAGCAAGGGGAAUUUACCCGGAGGAUAAUGACCAAAAGUCCUUUUACAUAACUAAUAUUACUUUUUUCUUCAAAAACAAAUACAGUGGAGUACAACUGCUUCAGCUCAGGGUGCCCCCUUUGCUGUUUUGGUGAUAGAAGAUGAGGAGGCAUCGGUUGUUACCGCUAUGUGCCCUCCUGGGUGUCCUGUUCGCAGGACUCCUCCCUAACCUUGAGGCUCAGGAAGAUUGUGCACAAGGGUUUGGAGCUGACAUUUACUUUCUAGUGGAUUCAUCCUGGAGUAUGGGAGCGGAGAACUUUGAGCAUGUCAGACAAUUUCUAUACAGCUUGAUACAAUCACUGCACCACGUUGGAGGGGACAGAUUUAAAUUUGCCCUUGUGCAGUACAAUAAUAAGCCUCAAACUGAGUUCCAGCUCAACAGCUACCCAACAACAAAGGGAGUCCUGUCACACAUCAAUGCUAUGCCGUACCGUGGGGGGGGCACCCGGACUGGCCUGGGCCUGGAUUUCCUGAUUCGUACACACUUGACCACUGCUGCAGGCAGCCGUGCUGUUGAAGGUGUGCCUCAGGUGGUGGUGGUGCUAACAGACGGGCGCUCCCAAGAUGACGUGGCCGAACCAGCUCAGGUGCUGUGGCUGGCAGGCGUGGAGGUGUUUGCAGUUGGAGUUCAGGACGCAGUUGACUCGGAGCUCAGGGAGAUGGCUAGCAAGCCUCAUGACACUCAUGUAUUCAGUGUAGACUCUUUUCUGACUUUGCGGGAUAUAAUCCAAGAUUUAGUAGUGGGGCUUUGCGGUGCAGUGACGCAGUCAGGGGGUGGUCCUGUGGCAAACGAGGCCCCCGUGGCUGGAGGAGGGACAGCACAAGAUUCAGCCGACCUAAUAUUCUUAAUUGAUGGAUCACAGAACAUUGGAGCAGCAAACUUCCCCUAUGUGCGUGAUUUGGUUGUGAGAAUCAUUGAGCGCCUUGAUGUGGGCAGGGACACUGUUCGGGUGGCUGUGGCCCUGUACAACGGCAGCCCAGACAUAAAGUUCUAUCUAAAUAGCUAUGACAGCAAGUCAUCAGUCCUGGAAGCGGUGAAGGGCCUUGCCUACUCAGGGGGCGACGAGUCUAACCUGGGGUACGCCUUGGAGGAAGUGGCCAGUAGCCUUUUGAGCCAAUCUGCUGGGGGAAGGGCAGACGAGGGUGUGCCCCAGAUGUUGGUGGUUAUCAGUGCUGGGCCAUCCACUGAUGAUACUGGUGCUGGUGACCGGGCCCUUAAGAGGGCUGGUGUUAUCACAUUCGGCGCAGCAAUUGGUGACACAGCCACAACAGAUCUGGAAGCAGUUGCGACAGAUAAAAGUUUUGUCCUGUCAGCCUCUGAUUUCAGAGCACUGUCAAGCAUGGGUGACCAGCUGCUCCCAUACAUUAACGGGGUGGUCCAGCGCACCAUUAUAGUUCAGAAUGAGUUCACAGAAGUCCUGGCAGUCGGAAAAAGAGACAUCAUUUUCCUGAUCGACAGUACAAUGGGUGCCACCAUCAUCAACUCCGUACGUGAAUUCAUCAAGCGGUUCGUCGACAUCAUGCCAAUUGGUCCAGACCAAGUUCAAGUGGGUGUGGCCCAGUUCAGCAAUGUCCCUCGACUUGAGAUGGACCUCAACACCCAUGGAUCCAAAGAUGAACUAGUUGCGGCUUUGGGCACUAUCAAACCAAGACCCGGACAGACAGUCAACAUUGGAGCAGCUUUGGACUUUGUGCGGACAAACAUGCUGCGGUCUGAGAGGGGCAGUCGUCUUCAACAGGGUGUACCCCAGGUUUUACUGUUGAUGACAAGUAAAAAGUCCAGUGACAGUGUGGAUGCACCUGCUUUGGCCCUGCAGCGAAUGGGUGUAUUGACUUUAGCUGCAGGCUCCAAAGCUGCUGAUGAGCAGGAGUUGAAACGCAUUGCCUUUGCUGACAGUGUUGCAUUCAUGAUGAAGGACUUCCGCGUGUUGCUUCGCAACCCAAAGGCAAUUAUUGAUGCGCUCUCCACUCUAGCCGGGGUGUUGGUAACUGAAGUACCCACCGAACCAGUGGUGGAAAUAACAACAGUGCAAACUCAAAAAGUGGUUCGAGACAUUGUCUUCCUCAUGGAUGGCUCUAACUACAUUGGCAGCAGUAACUUUCCCUAUGUGAGAGACUUCAUAAUCAACGUGGUCAACCAGCUGGAUGUACGUCCUGACAGGGUCCAGAUUGGUUUCCUGCAGUUUGCUGAACGUCCAAAAACUGAAUUUUAUCUGAACUCCUACAACAACAGGCAAGAUGUUGUGAAUAAGAUCUCCCAAAUCAGGCUGACUGGAGGUUCAGUUUUGAAUACAGGAGCUGCCAUGGAUUAUGCCCUCUCCAACAUGUUCCAGCCAUCAACUGGCUCACGCAGGAGGCAGGGAGUCCAGCAGGUGUUGGUUCUGAUCACAGGCGGUCCGGCCCAAGAUGAGGCUAAAAGAGUAGCUGAUAAACUGGCUCUGGCUGGUGUAUUGACCUUCACAGUCAGUUCUGGGCAAGCCGAUGAAGGACUACUGAGAACAGUUGCCUUUGUUCCAGAUUUAGCUUACCAUGAAGCAAGCUUCUCUGAUUUACCAGCUAUGGCUGAACUGAUCAUGCCAAAAUUGAUAACAGUGGUUGGAGAUACAGAUGUGACGGAAUUCCCUGAGGAGACUGUUGUUGGAGCUGAGAGGGAUGUUGCCUUUCUCAUUGAUGGCACAGAAAAUGUACGAGCGGAAUUUGGCUACAUUCGGGAUUUCAUCAUUAAAAUCAUUGAACCGCUUGAUGUUGGGAUUGAUAAAGUGCGAAUAUCAGUGGUUCAACACAGUGAGAGGCCAACUCCAAGUUUCUACCUUAACAGUUAUCAAACCAAAGAGGAGGUGAUAAAUGCUGUCAACUCAAUGUCAGUGGCUGGUGGACGCAGCCUAAACACAGGAGCUGCUCUAAAAUUCAUGAAGGACACCAUCUUGUCUGAAAGGCAUGGUAGCCGGGCUGCACAAAAUGUACCACAGUUCCUGAUAAUUUUGGCUGGAAGCAGGUCCAGGGAUAACGUGAAGGAUCCUGCUGGUGCACUGAAGACAGAGGGAGUCGUACCGUUUGGUGUUGGUGUCAAGGAUGCGGACCGAAAGCAGAUUGAGGCCAUUUCACACAACCCUUCCUUUGCCUUCACCGUGAGGGAAUUCAGUGAACUUAGCAGCGUACCACAAAAGCUUAAUAACUACGUGAGCCUUCCAAGGGAGGAGCUGGCCAUAGUUCUACAGCAAGUUGAAUUAGAAUCCCCACAAAGAGACAUAGUGUUCCUACUGGACGGGUCAGAUGACACACAGAGUGGCUUCCCAGCAAUUAAAAGUUUUGUCCAAAGAGUGGUAGAAACGCUCAGUGUUGGAGAGAACAAAGACCGUGUGUCUGUUGUCCAGUAUAGCAGAGAUCCACAGACACAUUUCAGUUUGAACACUUACAAAGACAAACAAAAGGUCCUUGCUGCUGUCCAGCAGUUGAAUCAUAUCGGGGGCAGACUCCGCAACACUGGAGCAGCUCUUGAGUAUGUGAGGAAUAAUGCUUUCACUGAUUCUUCUGGGAGUCGGCAUCAGGAUGGUGUCCCUCAGAUACUGAUUCUGUUGAAUGGGGGAAGAUCUCAAGAUGAUGUUGCAAGUGCUGCUGUGGCUCUUAAACAGGACAAAGUUGUUCCAUUCUGCGUAGGAACAAGAAAUGCAGACAUACUCGAGCUCCAAAUGGUUGCACAUAACCCUUCCUAUGCUUUCUCUGUGCUUGGGUUUGAUGAUUUUGGGAGCAUCCAUCAACAACUUGUGUCAUUUAUUAAAAGGGUGCCCCGACAGCUGCCAAGACAAAAACCACAGAAUGAAUUAGUUUCUACAGAUCAAACUGAAUCCAUUCAGCGUGAUAUUGUAUUUUUACUGGAUUCCUCAGAUGAAAUGCAAAAUGACUUUCAGGCAAUGCUUGGCUUUGUUGAGAGAAUGGUGGACAAUUUCAGUGUGGAUGAGAACAAAGAUCGUGUUUCAGUGGUGCAGUACAGCAGAGAACCCUCUGUUGAAUUUUUUCUGAACACAUUCAAAACAAAGCAAAACGUUGCUGACAAUGUGCAAAAUCUGAGGCAUAAAGGAGGUAGACCCCUCAAUACUGGCACAGCCCUUCAGUACAUCAAGGAUAAUGUUUUGACUGCCUCUUCAGGAAGUAGGCACCAGCAAGGUGUCCCUCAGAUUGUGGUUCUCUUUACUGGAGGACAGUCCAGUGAUGAUAUCAGAAAUGCUGUAGAAAACUUAAAAGGAAUUGGUGUGAUGAUAUUUGUAGUGGGAAUAAAGAAUGCAGACACCCUUGAGAUUCAGUCUAUUUCACAGGACGCCAGUCAUGCUUUCUUUGUGGCAGACUCCAGUGAUCUGUCAGGCAUUGAACAACAAAUACUUUCUGUCAUCAAGAAGCCUGAAACCCCGGCUAUCAAACCAGCAUUGUUCGAUCCCAACAGAAGAGACAUUGUAUUUUUGCUUGAUGGAACUGAUGAUUCUCAGCGAAGAUUCACAGCUAUUAAAGAUUUUGUGCAGAAAAUAGUGGCAGACCUAAAUAUCGAUGCAAACAAAGAUCGCAUGGCUGUGGUGCAGUACAGCAACACGGCAGAGACUGAUUUUAACCUAAGACGUUACUCAACAGAGGAUGACAUUCUUAAUGCAGUAAGAGGCCUAAGUCACAAAGGAGGCUAUCCUCACAACAUUGGAGCAGCUCUCCAGUAUGUGAGGGACCAUGUAUAUACUUCUGACUCAGGAAGUAGACUUCUUGAGGGAGUCCCACAGAUACUCAUACUACUGAGUGGUGGAAGAUCUGAAGAUGACAUAAGAAUCCCAGUCAGAAGGCUGAAAGAGACUGGUGUCACUUCGAUUGCCAUUGGAACAUCUGAAGCUGACACUCUAGAGCUGCAGACAAUAUCUCAUGAACCUAAUUAUGCAGUCACCGUUACUGAUUAUGAGGAGCUUCCCACUGUUAAGCAGAAUGUGUUGUCAUUUUUAAGAGAUGCUUCCCACCAUGUAGAGCAAACGGCUCCCACAAAGGAUUCUGAUUCUGAGAAACAUGAUAUAGUGUUUCUUAUUGAUGGAUCAUAUGACUCAAGAAAUGGCUUUGAAGAGAUACGAGGCUUUGUCGAAAAAGUGGUUGAAAGUUUAAAUGUAGAUGAGAACAGAGACCAAGUGGCUGUUGUUCAAUACAGCCGUGAUGCCACAGUCAAUUUCUACCUGAAUUCCUAUUCAUCAAAGAACGAUGUGCUCAAUUCCAUUAGAACAAUAAGGCAUAAGUUGGGGAGACCUCUCAACGUUGGCAAAGCACUUGAGUUUGUCAGAGACAAUGUCUUUGCUGCUUCAGUUGGAGGCAGACGUGAAGAAUCAGUUCCUCAAUAUCUGUAUGUGUUUAGUGGUGGGAGAUCAGGGGAUGAUGUCAGAGGACCAGCACAGUCUCUUAAAGAAAAUGGGAUAAAGACUUUCACUAUUGGAACAAAGAAUGCAGAUACAUUGGAAAUGCAAACCAUCUCUUUCACGCCAGCACAUUAUUUUCAUGUCACAAACUUUAACAAUCUGCAAAGCAUACAUCCAUCUGUGGAAGCCACAAUGAGGGGUGCUCAUGAAACAACUGAAUUUCCCACUGUCAUUGACACUUCCACAAUUGCAGAAUUAAAACUGCAGAGUGCCGAUGUUGUUUUUCUCCUUGAUGGAUCUAAUAAUAUGCAAGGAAUUGAAAAACAAAUUUUGGAUUUUGUCAGAGAGCUUGUCAAGCAAAUGGAAAUUGGGCCUAGCAAAGUGCAAGUUGCUUUGAUUCAGUACAGCACAGAGCCCACCACUGAUUUUCUCCUGAACACGCACUCUCUCAAAGAUGAUGUCUUGAAUGAUUUAAGUAAUGUAAAUCUGAAAGGGGGGUUCACUGUGAACACAGGUGCAGCCCUUGAUUAUGUGAAGAACAAUGUGUUCACUGCUUCAAGUGGAAGCAGAGCUCAGCAGGGUGUCCCACAGAUACUUAUUCUCUUAAGUGGGAAAAAGUCAGAAGAUGAUGUCUUAGGUCCGGUGGACAGACUGAGGAAAGCCGGAAUUGUCCUUUUUGGUGUUGGAGUGACUGAUGCAGAUAGGGAGGAGAUGGAGCAAUUAGCUCACACCCCACGAGCAAAGUAUACCAUCAAGGAGAUUUCUGAAUUUCCUCUUGUGAGAGAACAGUUGCUGUCAGACAUUGCAUCUCACAAAGGCACUGGUGUAGGUUCAAGCUCCAGUGCAAAUAGAGACGUUGUCUUUCUCAUUGAUGGAUCUGAUGAUGUCAGAAGUCGAUUCUCUGCCAUACGUGAAUUUGUUGCAAACAUUGUUGACAGCCUUGAUGUGAACCAAGGAAAAGAUAAAGUCGCUGUUGUACAGUAUAGCAACAAUGCUGAACUCAAUUUCAAUCUGAAUACUUACAACACAAAAGCUGAUGUGCUUAAGCAUGUUGCAAGCUUAAAACCAAAAGGCGGAAGGCCUCAGUAUAUUGGGGCGGCACUGCAGUUUGUGAGGGAUAAUGUCUUUGUUCCAAAUGCUGGAGGACGACAUCAGGAAGAUGCAAAGCAGAUACUUGUUAUAUUGGCUGGUGGAAGAUCUAGAGAUUCUCCACGAGGCCCAGCAAGUAUGCUCAAGGCUGCGGGGGUUGUUACAUUUGCAAUUGGAUCAAGACUGUCAAAUUCAGCUGAGAUGCAAGUCAUUUCCUCUGACCCAAAGUUUGCUUACUCAGUCCCUGACUUUGUAAAUCUCCCUCGUGUUCAACAAAGUUUGAUGAGUCAUCUUACUCAAAUGGGGGUUGAGGAGGAAGCUAAAGCAGAGCAAAGUGAUGAAAAGGGAAGAGACAUAGUUUUUCUUUUGGAUGGAUCUGAUAAUACCAGAAAUGAAUUUUCAGCCAUUCAGGAUUUCCUGUACAAAGUAAUAGAAAGAUUUAACAUUGGACCAAAUGAAGACAGAGUUGCUGUGGUUCAGUUUAGCAAUGUGGCACUAGCCAAUUUCUUUUUGAAUUCAUUCAUGAGGAAGGAGGAUGUUCUAACAGCUGUCAGAAGACUCUCACACAAAGGUGGAAGACCUCUGAAGACGGGUGCAGCUCUAAAAUAUGUUAGGGACAAUGUAUUCACAGCUGCCUCAGGGAGCAGAUACACUGCAGAUGUGCCACAAAUUCUCAUUGUUUUAAGUGGUGGACCAUCAUCUGACAGUGUAGAGUUGCCUGUUGCUUCUCUAAAAGAAAGCAGUGUCACAAUAUUAACCAUUGGAACAAAAAACUCUGAUCCCAAGGAAAUGGAGAAGAUAUCACAUGCCCCAAGCUACAUCAUAUCAGUUUCUGAAGUAGCAGAACUUGCAAAUAUACAAGAGCAGGUUGUAGGGGCAAUAACAGAAGAAAAAUUGAAAAAUGAAAUUUCAAAACCAGAAGUCACUGUGGAGAGACAGCCACUAGGAAGGGAUGUUGUGUUCUUGCUGGACGGAUCUGAUGGUACUAGAAGUGAAUUCCCAGCUAUGCGAGACUUUGUCCACAGACUAGUAGAGAAACUCAGUGUGGAUGACAGCAAAGACCGUGUCUCAGUGGUUCAGUACAGCAGAGAUCCAGCUGUCCAGUUCUAUCUGAACACGUACACCACAAAGGGCGAGAUCCUUGACACUGUCAGAGGUUUGAGGCACAAAGGCGGAAGACCCCUCAACACUGGAGCAGCUCUCCAGUACGUGAGGGAUAACGUCUUCACGGCCUCUGGCGGAAGCAGGCGCCUGGAAGGAGUUCCACAGAUCCUGGUAUUGCUAAGUGGUGGAAGGUCUUUUGACAGUGUUGAUGCACCAGCCUCUGCUCUCAAACAGCUGGGUGUCUUGACCUUUGCAAUUGGAACCAAGAACUCUGAUAGCAGAGAACUGCAGGAGAUAUCCCAGGAUCCCAGUUAUGCUCUGUCUGUGUCUGAAUUCACUGACCUUCCCAGUGUCCAACAGCAACUUGAGUCCUCCGUGGAGGCUGUGGUUACUGAAGUCACCUCAGAACCACCAACUGUACUUGUUGACACUGCCAAAAAGGAUAUCGUAUUCCUUCUGGAUGGUUCUGAUAGCACAAGGAAUGGCUUCCCUGCCAUGCGUGAUUUUGUUGAGAGGGUGGUGGAGAAGCUCAAUGUGGGAGAAAACAAAGACCGUGUCUCUGUAGUCCAGUACAGCAGAGAUGCACAGGUCCAUUUCCAUCUGAAAAGAUACACCACAAGAGAGGAUAUUGUGGAUGCGCUCAGAGGGCUGAGACACAAAGGAGGCAGACCCCUCAACACCGGGGCCGCUCUCCAAUAUGUCAGGGACAACGUCUUUACAAACUCCUCCGGGAGUAGGCUCCUGCAAGGCGUUCCACAGAUGUUGAUCCUGCUAAAUGGUGGAAGGUCUUAUGACAAUGUAGAUACCCCAGCGUCUGCUCUCAAACAGCAGGGCAUCUUUGUGAUUGGCAUUGGAACAAGGAGCUCUGACAGGGGAGAGCUGCAGAAGAUAUCGUAUGACCCCAGUUAUGCUCUAUUAGUGUCUGAGUUCACUGACCUCCCCAGUGUCCAAGAACAGCUCUCCUCUGUAAUGAACAGAGUACUAACGAGGGUCACGCCCAUGACACCAACAGUAACUGUGGAGAGACAGCCACUAGGAAAGGAUAUUGUGUUAUUGUUGGAUGGAUCUGAUGGCACUAGAAGUGAAUUCCCAGCUAUGCGAGACUUCGUCCACAGACUAGUAGAGAAACUCAGUGUGGAUGACAGCAAAGACCGUGUCUCAGUGGUUCAGUACAGCAGAGAUCCAGCUGUCCAGUUCUAUCUGAACACGUACGCAACAAAGGGCGAGAUCCUUGCCACUGUCAGAGGUUUGAGGCACAAAGGCGGAAGACCCCGCAACACUGGAGCAGCUCUCCAGUACUUGAGGGGUAACGUCUUCACGGCCUCUGGCGGAAGCAGGCGCCUGGAAGGAGUUCCACAGAUCCUGGUAUUGCUAAGUGGUGGAAGGUCUUUUGACAGUGCUGAUGCACCAGCCUCUGCUCUCAAACAGCUGGGUGUCUUGACCUUUGCAAUUGGAACCAGGAACUCUGAUAGCAGAGAACUGCAGAAGAUAUCCCACGAUCCCAGUUAUGCUCUGUCUGUGACUGAGUUCACUGACCUUCCCAGUGUCCAACAGCAACUUCAGUCCUCCGUGGAGGCUGUGGUUAUUGAAUUCACCUCAGAACCACCAACUGUACUUGUUGACACUGCCAAAAAGGAUAUUGUAUUCCUUCUGGAUGGUUCUGAUAGCACAAGGAAUGGCUUCCCUGCCAUGCGUGAUUUUGUUGAGAGGGUGGUGGAGAAGCUCAAUGUGGGAGAAAACAAAGACCGUGUCUCUGUAGUCCAGUACAGCAGAGAUGCACAGGUCCAUUUCGAUCUGAAAAGAUACACCACAAGAGAGGAUAUUGUGGAUGUGCUCAGAGGGCUGAGACACAAAGGAGGCAGACCCCUCAACACCGGGGCUGCUCUCCAAUUCGUCAGGGACAACGUCUUUACAAACUCCACCGGGAGUAGGCUCCUGCAAGGCGUUCCACAGAUGUUGAUCCUGCUAAAGGGUGGAAGAUCUUAUGACAAUGUAGAUACCCCAGCCUCUGCUCUCAAACAGAAGGGCAUCUUUGUGAUUGGCAUUGGAACAAGGAGCUCUGACAGGGGAGAGCUGCAGAAGAUAUCACAUGAGCCUAGUUACGCUCUAUUAGUGUCUGAGUUCACUGACCUCCCCAGUGUCCAAGAACAGCUCUCCUCUGUAAUCAGCAGAGUACUAACGAGGGCCACGCCUAUGACACCAACAGUAACUGCUGAGACACAGGGCCCCAAGAAGGAUGUUGUUUUCCUCGUUGAUGGAUCUGAUGGUGUUGGACGGGAAUUUCCUAUCAUCCAGGAGUUUAUCCGCAGGGUUGUGGAGAGUCUCAAUGUGGGCGAGAAUAAGAUUCGGAUUGGCGUGGUCCAGUAUGGUGAUUACGCUCAGGCUGACAUGUUUCUGAACACGCAUACAACCAAAGAAGGCGUUUUGAAUGCUGUCAGGGGAUUGAGGCAGCGAGGAGGAAGACAACGGAACCUGGGUCAGGCUUUGCAGUUUGUCAGCGGGGAUGUUCUUACAGCAGCACGUGGUAGCAGGAAGCAAGAGGGUGUACCGCAGUUUGUAAUUGUCGUCUCCAGUGGGUCUUCAACGGAUGAUAUCAGUAGUGCAGCAACUUCACUCAAACAAUCUAGAGUUCUUCCCUUCAGUAUUGGGACCAGGGAUGUUAACCCAACAGAGCUUCAGGUGGUGUCAUAUGUGCCUAACUUUGCCUUCACUGUAGAUGACCUCCCUGGCCUGUACACAGUCCAAGAAAACUUGAUCACCACUCUGACUGAGCUAUCAGAUGAUGACAUCACCAGAAUGCGUCCAGUAUUCCCAACCACUGAAGUCAUCACACCACAACCCACAGAAGGAGAAAAGAGGGAUGUGGUCUUCCUUAUUGAUGGCACAACAGCAGUGCGUAGUGAGUUCCCUUCCAUCCGUGAAAUGAUAAGAAGAGUUGUGGAGAAGCUGGAUGUAGGAUUGGAUAAGGUUCGAAUUUCAGUGGUACAGUACAGUGAUGACGCCAGAGCAGACUUUCUUCUGAAUGAAUACUCCACCAAAGACGAGGUGCGCCAGGCUGUGACAAGACUUCGAAGCAGAGGUGGGACCCGUCUAAACACAGGUCGUGCUCUUGAGUGGGUCUACAGAAAUAUCUACCAGAGGGCAGCAGGAAGCCGCAUUGAGGAUGGUGUGCCUCAGUUCCUCAUUCUAGUCACAGGUGGCAAGUCUACAGAUGAUGUAUCCACUGCAGCUGACCAACUUAAGAGAAACCAGGUUGCACCUCUAGCCAUUGGUUCAAGGAAUGCAGACCCUGAUGAACUGAGAAAAAUUUCCUUGAAGCCUGAACUGGUAUAUAGAGUUGACAGUUUCCAGCAGCUUCCAAGAGUGGAGUCACAGCUCAUUGAUUCAGUCAAAACAAUAUCCACCGCUGAUAUCAUCAGUAGUUAUACUACUCCCGCAGUGGAUAUAGGAAUCCUAGAUCUUGGGAAAAAGGACAUUAUCUUCCUUAUUGAUGGCUCAGAUAAUACAGGUCCUGCUGGCAUUGCUCAUAUCCGUGACUUCAUCCUGGACAUUGUCAAACAACUUGAUGUGCAGCCGGAUCAAGUGCGUGUGGCUGUUGUCCAGUAUGCAGACAGUGUUAAAACAGAGUUCUCACUUAACUCUCACAACAACAAGCCAGCUGUAGUCUCUGCUGUCAAAAGACUUCGUCAGAUGGGUGGUCGGUCAUCAGAUCUGGCUGAUGCCAUUCAAUAUGUUAUCCAGAAUGAGUUAAAACCUGCUGCUGGUGUUCGUCCAACUGAGGCCUCCCAGCAUCUUGUGGUUCUCACAGGUGGACGUUCCUCCCAAGAUGUUAACCUCUUUGGACCUCUGCUUAAGGGCCAACGGGUCAACUGCAUUGGUGUUGGAGCUGCUGGUGCUGACACAACACAGCUAAACCAAAUUGCCACCACCCCAGCUGAUGUUCUCCAGGUUCGCGACUUCCGUGGCCUGCCAGCAAUCCAGCAGGGGGUUAUUGACAGGUUGAGUGGGAACAUCCCUGAGGAAAUACCUACAGAUCCUUCACCAGACAUGCCACCCAAAAAGGCUGAUAUAGUGUUUUUGGUGGAUGGCUCCAUUAACCUGGGCAGGGACAACUUUAAAAAAGUGAUGGUGUAUAUCACGAGCUUACUUGAUCUGUUCUUCACCGAUAAAGACAACCUGCGGAUCGGCCUGGCGCAUUAUGCAGCAGAUGUGAAUGACGUCUUCUACCUCAACACAUACAAAAACAGGAAAGACAUUGUAGAUGCUAUCAACCGAGCAGAGUACAAAGGUGGACGUACACUCAACACGGGUGCAGCCAUUCGCCACAUUCAAGAUGUUCACUUUACCAAAGAAAAAGGCAGCAGGAUUGAUGAGGGCACUCCUCAGAUCCUAAUGCUUUUCACUGGAGGACGCUCAGCUGAUGAUGGAAAAACAGCAGCCCUUGGUCUGAAGCAAAAAGGUGCAAGAAUCUUUGCUGUAGGAGUGGGUAACGUUCAGAAUGAGUUAGAAGACUUAGCAAGCGAGUCCACAACUGUGGCUCGACAAAGGAACUUUGAGAAACUUGAGGAUCUAACUGAGCAAAUCCUGGAGACUUUGGAUGAUGAAGUGAAAGGGAAGCUGUGUACUGGUGUGCCAGAAACAUCUAAACCCUGCAACAUAGAGGUGUUGGUGGGCUUUGACGUUUCUGCCCAGAACAUCUUCAGUGCUCAGACCAACCUCCAGAGCAAGAUGGGGGCCAUUUUGCAGAGGAUUUCCAAAAUGGCAGCUAUCAGUUGCUCAUCUGGGCAGAUUCCUUCUGUGCAAGUGGGCAUGCUGGCUAUGGACUCUGCCUCUGAGCCUGUCCAGCUGGACUUCACAGACAAUGCUGAUGAGCUCUUUGAGGCCUUCAGAGCCCUACGGAGUCGUGGCCCCUUUGUCCUCAAUGGCAAGACCAUUGCAGCUUACACCAAUAGGUUCAAAACCAGACAAGAUGACGUUGUCAAGGUUGUCAUUCAUCUGACUGAUGGUAUUGACGCCCCAUUUCCUGAAAUGAAAAGGCGAGUUGAGGAGCUUCGGGGGUCAGGAGUGAACAGUUUCAUCCUAGUCGGGCUGGAGCGGGUGCCCAAAUUUGAGGAGGCUUUGCAGCUGGAAUUUGGUCGCGGCUUCAGGUACACCAGACCAUUACGCCUCAAUAUCAUGGACUUGGACUAUGAGCUAAUGGAAGAACUGGAUAAUAUCGCAGAGAGAGAGUGUUGUGGAGUGCCAUGCAAAUGUACUGGCACCAGAGGAGACCGAGGAGCAGUUGGUCUUCCAGGUGCUAAGGGCAGUCCAGGAGCAGCAGGAAGCCAAGGACAUCCUGGAGAUGAGGGUGGACCUGGAGAGAGAGGUCCUCCUGGUGUGAAUGGAACUCAGGGUUUCCAGGGAUGUCCUGGACCAAGAGGUCUCAAGGGCGGCCGUGGCUACUCAGGUGAAAAAGGUGAAUUUGGAGAAAUUGGGCUUGAUGGCAUCAAUGGAGAAGAGGGCAAAAGUGGAGUGGCUGGACCCCCGGGAGAAAGAGGAAACCCUGGCAUGAGAGGUCCCAAAGGUAUCAAAGGACAAGCAGGAGACAGAGGAGAAAUGGGAAUCAGAGGAGACCCUGGUACAAGUGGACAAGAUAACAACAGCCCAGGACCUAAGGGAGACCCUGGUGAUGCUGGACCAGCGGGAGAGCCUGGUGAGGAUGGAAAGAAGGGAGGCCCUGGUGAAGUCGGAAGACAGGGAGCUGAUGGCAGAAGAGGCCCACCUGGUGCGGCCGGAGUUCCCGGAAAGCCAGGAGCUGAUGGUGUUCAGGGAGAGCCUGGUAUUGGAGGAUCUAGAGGUCCACCUGGACCACCAGGUGCACCUGGAACCGGUGGAGAAGCUGGAAAUCCAGGACCCAGGGGUCCUGGAGGUAAACCAGGUCCCGCAGGAGCUAAGGGAAGGAGAGGAGCUCUUGGUCGCAAGGGAGAGCCGGGAGAGCCAGGACCUAAGGGUGUUGUUGGCCCUCUUGGUCCCCGUGGAGAGCCUGGUGAAGAUGGUAGAGAUGGAUUUGGUGUCGCAGGGCCUAAAGGAAGAAAGGGUGAUGAGGGCUUCCCAGGAUUUCCAGGACCAAAGGGAGCGGCUGGUGACCCUGGCACCAAGGGCGGACCUGGACGCAGAGGAAAUCGUGGACAGAGGGGUGUCUCUGGGGAGAUUGGUCCACCUGGACAAAAGGGAGAGGUUGGAUAUCCUGGGCCAUAUGGUGAGAAAGGACCGAGAGGACCAGGGGUUGUGCAAUGUGAGCUGGUUAAGAAGAUCAGGGAUAACUGUCCUUGCUGUUAUGGUCAGCAGGAAUGCCCACUCUACCCCACUGAGCUGGCCUUUGUCCUGGAUGUUACUCAAGGCAUUGGCCGCCCAGUCUUCAACAAUAUGCGUGACACAGUCUUGCGCCUAGUCAAAGACAUCACCAUCUCUGAAAGUAACUGUCCGAGAGGAGCUCGUGUUGCUGUAGCCCUGUACCAUGAAGACGUGUUGACUGACGUCCGCUUUGCUGAUGCGUUGAAGAAACGUGCCCUGGUGCAGCGCAUCGAGGGCCUGCAGAUCCCACAGAACACCAAGAAGCGCAGCCUGGAGACGGCCAUGAGCUUUGUGGCCCAGAACACCUUCAAGAGAGUGCGCAGUGGCUUCCUCAUGAGGAAGGUGGCCAUCUUCUUUGUUGGUGGAUCUGUCAGUCAGACACAAGAAAUUACUAAUGCAGCUCUUCGCCUCCAUGAUGCUGGAAUCGCAACUCUAUUCUUGGUCAGAGGUGAUGACAAAGCACUAAGCAGCGCACUGCAGGUCAACAACACCGCUCUAGCUCAGGUGAUAUCCCUUCCCAACCCUGGAAGUGCACAGUACGAUUCAGUAAUCCAAAAGGUGAUGCACUGCCAUGUCUGCCUAGACAUCUGCUCUCCAGACCAAAUGUGUGACUACAAGCCUCCACCAUCCAGCCGAGAUAGGAGAUCCUCCACCACAGAUGUUGACAUCGACAUGGCUUUCGUCAUGGACAGCUCUGAGUCUACCUACCCAACCGUCUUCACUGAGAUUAAACGUUACAUCGCGCACAUAGUGGAUCAGCUACAGGUUUCUUCACAUCCCACAUCAUCCGUUCACCAGGCCAGAGUGUCUGUGAUCCAGCAAGCACCUUACCAGUUCAUUCACAACAAAACUGGCUCCCCCAUCCAUGUGGAUAUUGGCUUGACUGAGCAUAACUCAGCUCAGGAUAUUGUCAAAUUUCUGCUGGAGAAGACACCGCAGUUAGAGGGCGGCCGUGCACUGGCGGCGGCUAUUGAAUCGACAGUGGAGCAGGUGUUCGAGAAAGCUCCUCUCCAGCGUAACAGGAAAGUACUGAUGCUCUUUGUGACAGGAAGUGUGGAAGAAGAAGAGGCGCAGUUGGUGCGUAUUGCCACUGAGGUCAAGUGCAGAGGCUACUUCCUGGUCAUCCUGGGUGUGGGUAAGAAGCUGAGUGCUGGAGACGCUCGCGUCUUGUCUCGCAUGGCCAGUGAACCAUCAGAUGUCUUCUUUAAGCGGUUGGACAGCAUCUCACACUUUUACGACAAACACAUCCAGACCUUUGGCACUCUGCUACCAAAGUAUAUCAGCAUUGAAAAUGCUUUCUACAUGUCCCCUGAAGUGUCCAAAAACUGCAAGUGGUUCCAGAGUGACCAGCCACUAAAAAACCCCUUUACAUCAUCACGCCAACAGGAGAAACAUCAGAAACAUCAUGAAAACCACCAGGAAGUUCAUCACAGACAGCACAAAGACACAGAUGAGCUGCACGUCUCUAAUGUCACCUCCAGCAGCUUGAAACUGCGUUGGACCAGCCCAGACCCGAAGCUCUUCGUCUACUUUGAGAUUGUGGUGACACGGUUGCAUGACCAUGCCCUGGUGCUGAAGACCAAUGUGUCAGGCACAGAGCUUUCUGUGGACAACUUAGAGAGCGCUCAAACAUAUCAUGCUGUGGUCACUGCCCACACUGCAGAGGGUCAAAUUGUCUCCACCCGCAAAGGCAUCAUGACUACCAAAACAGCAGAGCUGAAGCCAGCGCAUAAGCCAGCCAGCCAAGGCACCAGUACUGUAAAUACCGCACCUCUGGACAAACCAGAAACUGUUAAUGAAUUUGCAGACCCAUGCUCACUUGACUAUGACCCUGGAAUGCCGUGCAAAGACUAUCAGGCUAAGUGGUUCUUUGACAAAAAGAACGGGAUCUGUACACAGUUCUGGUAUGGAGGUUGUGAAGGCAAUGAAAAUAGGUUCGACACUGAGGCCCUCUGCUUGAAAAACUGCAUGAGGUCAGUGCCAGAGCCUCAGCCAGAGGUGCAGCAGGUUGAACAGGUGGAGAUCAUCCCGGCUCCUGCUGCCUCUACAGCUGUGGACAUUUGCCAGCUUCCCAAAGAGGAAGGUACUUGUGCCAAAUUUGUCCUCAAGUGGCACUACGAUGCCGCUAGCAAGAGCUGCACCCGCUUCUGGUAUGGAGGCUGCGGUGGAAACCAGAAUCGCUUUGACACACAUCAGCAGUGUGUGAAGGCUUGUGGAAAACCAGCACCCGUCAGCCAAGGAGUCAUCGCUUCUAUAAGAACAUAGGACACAACAUGGCCAGCUUUCCCCUCUGUUUAGGGGAUUCUGAGGAGAACCAUCCAAAUGGCCAUACUGUAAAGAUGCAAUACCAAAGCAAUGGUGGCUGCACUGGAUUCCACAAAAAUGGACUUUAUCCCCCAAAUUCUUGAAGUAGUCUUUUUUUAAACAACAAGAAGGAAAGCAAAACAAUUUGCUGCAUGAUUUGUUUUAACCUACUGGUGCUACAUAGUAUGUUUGUUUUACCGAUGGAGUUGUUAAGUGCAUUCAGUUUUUAAAGUCACAUUUUCUGGAACAAUGGCAUCAUAUGAGUUUUCAUAAUUUUUAAAAAGCAGUUUUAUAAUUAAGCAAGAAACAUAUAUGAAUAUCUUGGACAGAGAUUAGCAAUAAAUCAGUACAUGCAGGACUGGCAUUAUUCAAUGCAGUAAUGUUUUUUUUAUUGCGUUUUUUACAUUCCACAUUCACAUAGCAACAUUGGCUUUUAUUGAUUUAUAUUGUUUUAGAACUCACUUGAUCCCUGUGGAAUCAUUACUUCACUAUUUUACAGUCACAAAAUCCACAGCAAUGUUUACACAAGUCUUGUAUGGUGGUGUGUGUAUUUAAAUGACAGUGUCCAAACAUUAAUGUAAUGUUAAGUGCACUUCUGGAUCCACUGCCUCAAACACACAAUUUCCAGCUAUUGAGAAAUGGAAUGUACUUGUCAAGCUGUUUUUAUUUUUUGUUUCAUUUGGUUUUACUGAAAUUUGUGUUUAUCUGGGUAUAGGGGAAAUAAACAUGAAUUAGACUUUCUAAUAAACAUGAGCAACUCA